AUGGCUGGAGCAAUAAUUUCUUAUCUGAUAAAAGUGUGUAUCGGGUUCUUUAAUGCUUUCAAGAGUGUUUCUUUGGUAAAUACAUACUCGUUUUGCCAACAUUUGAGCAAAAAGUUUUUUGGAACAGAUGACAUGCAAAAAUUCAACUCAAAAAUAAUAAUUGUUGGAUCUGGUGACUAUCCUAUCCCUUAAAAAACCUGUUCUAGAGAAAUUAGGAUUAUCUGCAAUAGUGGAUUCAUAAGAAUAAGCACCAAAAGUUGCGAAUAAGGAUUUAAGAAUUUUCCAAAUGAUAUUUCUUUAAAUGUUCAUGAAGUCUAUAUUUAUGGAAUAAAUCAUGCAUAUUAAAAUGGAGUAGAAAGAGUGGAAGUCUUCAAAAUAUUAGAUGAACACCUCAAUCUUGAGUAUCGGAGUUCAAUCAUAAUGGACGACAAAUACAAUGGAAAAUUAAAUGAUUUGAUAUUAAUAGAAGACAAUCGGUAUUUAAUCACUAAGUAUAUGUUAUAUACAGAUCCAAAUGAAUUAAGACAUUAAAUCACUGCAUUACAUUUAUUAAAACUGUAUUUUUGUGGGUAAGUCAAUAAAGAACUUCAUACAUUGUAGAUUGCAAAUUUGAAAAGGAAGGCACAAUAAUAAAACCAAAUUGCAAAGAAUUACUUGAUGCUCCUUUGACUGGAGUUGUUUUGAAUGGAAUCACAUGGGAAAGAAAGAAUCGAGUUUGGGCAGGUGAUAAAACUGCAAAAUAAUUAUAUGAAUAUGAAAUAACACCAUAAGGUCUUGUAUUCAAGAAAUUUAUUGAUAUUGAAAAUUCAAACUCAUCUCAAACAAACCGAUUUAUCUUGCUUAAAAUACAGAAUUACCAAAAUGGGUAUCUGGAGCAUUAAUGA